UAGAUUCUAAUCCAAUGACUCAAUCAGACUUCUCAUUAAAAUUAUUUUAUCGUAAAGAAUUUAAACAAGUAUUAGAUACACUGAUAAGCUUAACAACUGAACAUUUAAAAAUAACUAUUGAAACACUCAAACCUUUAUUUAAUAUUUUCAAAAUGCCAUUUGACAAUAAUACUUGUUCAUUAGAAAAUGUUGCGGGUGCUGUAAAAUUAUUUCCCGAAAUGACAAAUAGUGCGAAAAUUCACGACAUUGAUGCAAUACAUGCAGAAAUUGAAAUUCUGUUAAAUCAAUGUGAUGGAGAAAAUUUAAAUAACAUUUUUGAAAAAUCUGAGUCAUCAAAAUCAAUUCUUCCGUGGGUUAAUCGAAUUUGUCAUUUAGCAUUGACUGCUCCUGUUAUUACUGCAUCUGACGAAAGAAUGUUUAGUAAAUUAAAAUUAAUAAAAAAUUACCUAAGAUCGAAAAUGGCUGAUCAACGAUUAAAUGCACUAAUGAUGUUGAGUUGUGAAAAAGACAUAACAGAUACUUUGGAUAUCGAUGAUCUUGUACACAAAUGGGCAACGCUGAAGCAACGCAGGGUUCAAUUGUGAUUAAUAUAAGUUUUUAAAAUUUUAAAUACUGUAACACUCAUUUUAUAACCAUUUUGUAAUAAAUAA